AAUCCAAUACUCGAAAGGUUCGAUUUGGACCACGGUCCGCCAGUUGAGUAGCCCUGCAGUAGGCUAUAUUUUUUUGCGACCCUCAGGAACUAAAACAAAAAAAAUUUAAUAAUACUAAAAUGUUUAAUUAAAAAAAUAUUAAAAUUGACAAUACCUUCAAUGGGACCAAUUGCUUGCAUAUUAUAUUCUUGCAAAAAGAUUGAAUUUUGAUUUUAUUUCAGUGAUGGUAAAUCUCAUUACUGGUUUUAAUUCUUUGAAAUUUGAUCGAUGUUUUGUUUUAACAUAAGUUGUCGUGAAAGAUUUUACCGCAACACCCCAUCAAGCCCUUAUCGCGAUCCAUUGGGAGGCGGGACCCUCACUUCAAAGAGCCUUGCUAUAGAUUAUAUAUACUGAUAUUUAAAAUGGAAUACUAAACUAUUGGGUCAUUUGUGUGUAAAAAACAAUAUCUGUCACUUCAGUAUUUUAGCAAGUUCAUAGAGAUUAAUAGUAUGUAAUCGUACUUGUAUAUCACUGUCAUGUGAUUUUUGUUGUAUUUCUCGAAUCCAUGUUUAUAUAAUAGCUUCGAAUUUCUAAUAUUGAGAUAUGUACUGAUUUAAGUUACCUCAUUCAAUAUUUGAAGUUGUUAAGAACAGCCUACUGAGUAUACUUUUAUUUUAUUUCGUAAUUCAGAAGUUCAAUUAUGCUUUAUUAGAAUAACGUAAAUUAUUCAUGCCAUCAUGGAUUCUCCCGCAUUCGAUAAAUGCGAUAAUCAAAUCUGGGAUAUGACAUCACAUAUUCUGAAAGAUUUGUUGAAAGAUGUACCUGCUGUUCUUUAUUCUUCAUUGGGUGUCAGCAUCGCAUCUGUAAUUCUGGAAAUUAAUGGCAAGAAACAGAUUGUAGCAAUUGGUACAGGAAACUCUUGUCUAUCACAAAAUCAGCAGAGUACAUUGCAACAUAAUUUGAUUUUCGAUUCUCAUUCUGUGACAAUUGUUAGGAGAGCAUUAAAAGUGUUUCUCUUUGAGGAAGUUCAUAAAUUCCAUAAUGAACAGCUUUCAGAAAAUUGCAUUUUCACAAAAUCGAAGAAACAUGAUCUGCUUCAUUUGAAAGAAAAUGUAAAAUUUCAUAUUUUCAUGUCCAGGUCACCAGAUAUUCUUCUGGUGAAGAAAACUGGACUACAUGUUUAUUCUGAAGGAGGUGAUACAUUCAUGUCAACUUCCGUCGCAAAAAAAUACAUGAUGAUUUGCAAGAAUAGAAAUGUUGUGAUGACUGAUGACAGUAAAUUGCUUCAGUGGUCUGUUAUUGGGUGGCAAGGCGCUUUGUUGUCACAUCUCAUUGCACCAAUUUACAUGAGCUCUUGCACCGUGGGAUAUCAUUCAAAACGACAUGUUCCUAAUAUUUCUACAUGUUUUGCUAUGGCUGAUGACAGCAUAAAUCAAGAUUUACCUGAAGGGUAUCGUUAUAUCGAACCAGAAACUUGUAAAUUUCUAAUAAAGGAGUAUAAUGAUCAGAUACCUUUUGAGACCAAAAUGUUGAGUGUGAAUUGGUAUGAUAAACAGAAAAAUGCAGAAAUUAUAGACGGAUCUUGUGGUGAAAUAUCAUUUUGCUCACCACACAAAUGCAUUUCUGAAAGAAGUAGGCUAUGUAAAGCAUCAUUGUUUCAAAUAUUUCGUAAUGUGGCUGAGAAGAUGGGAAGAUUUGACCUUCUUCAAGGAAGGACCUAUAGGAAUUCAAAGAUUGCCAGCAGCAGUUACAUGCAGAGUAAAUCAGUCCUUCAUCAAUAUUUUUCUGUGAAUAGAAUGGGGAGUUGGAUUAAUAGAUCUGAAGAUAUUGAUAAAUUUACUUAAUCAACUUUGUAACUUGCUCUAUGUUGUUGGGCAAAGUCGAACGUUGAGCUGUUGCAGUUUUUUUGCGAUAUGCUGGUUUGCUGAGUAUUCAUAAUCAUAACUCGAUAGUGCAAUGCUGAAACGCUUAAAGGUACGGCUGGAUUAUUUUCAAUCAUACUUUUUUACACAGCGAAAUUACACUGUACACAGAUUGUAAUGCAUUUCUUUUUAUUCUGGGUGCCGGUAUUGGGACAAAAUUUACAUUGAUAUUGAUAUAUUUCAACAUUUUUUCAAUUUCUUCACUGUGGUUUCUUUCAAUAAAUUUCUCAAAUAUUCACAUAAUUUGGUUCUUGUUUAUUUCGAUUAUGUUCUGAUGGCAUGAGCCAAAUUGGCGCAAUUUUUAAAAACUCGAGCAAUGCUGACAAAUUUCUAACAAAUGGUAAAAACCUGAU